AUGUAUUGUUGCUCAUUCCUCUCACGGCUGGGCGUCGGGAUGGCCAGCAUGAGUUCCACGCUCGUCGAGACCGUCUCCAUCAACUAUGAAGAUUUUAAUGAGAGCUUUCUCACAUGCGGCACAUGUCUAUGCACUUACGACGGAGGAGAACACACACCAAAACUCCUGCCAUGCUCUCAUACAGUCUGUUUGCACUGUCUAACACGCAUAGCCGCGUCGCAGACCAGGGACGCGGGUAGCUUCCGGUGCCCCAUAUGCCGUGAGCUGAUAACCAUACCACGUGGCGGAGUUCCGGCCCUGCCGCCGUCGUUCCUCGUCAACCAGCUGCUCGAUUUAAUGGCGAGGCAGAGAAGGGAAGUCAUACCCCAGUGCAGUUCCCAUCCGGGCAGGGAGCUGUUGUUCUGUGAGACCUGCGACUGCGUCUUCUGCCGCCACUGCGCCGACGGGCCGCACAGCGAUACGCCCUGCGACCACACCGUGGUGCCGUUCUCGAUCGCCUUGAAGAGGAUGUCGGAGAUACUGCUGUAUAGGGCGAACGAGUGCCUGAGCAAGCUCGGUUCGGCGAGGGAAGCGGUGGCGAGCGAGCUAAGGAGGCUGGAGGCGGCCGCCACGGCGGCUGAGGAGGCGAUUGACAGGCACUUCGCCGAUUUGAAGGCAGCCCUGGACAAGAGGCACAGCGAGCUGAAGUCCGCCGCAGCGGCCGCCGCCACGCACAAACGCAAGCUGCUAGAAGAACAGCUGAAGUUGAUUGAUGCGGAGAAAUCUAAAGUGGAGGCGGAGUGCUCCGGCCUGCAGCAGCAGGUGGAGGUGCGCGAGGUGAGCAGCCGCGCGGCGGCGCUGGGCGCGCGGCUGGGCGACGCGGCCGCGCUCGCCGAGCCCAGGGAGAACGCCUUCCUGGCGGUGGACUUCGCGCACAACGACGCGCAGCGGCGGUUCGCCGACGCGCUCGCCGCGCUGGGCCGCGUGCGCACCAGCACCACCUUCCCGGGCCUCUGCACGCUCCAGCUCGAGUCGGAUUGCGUGUGCGGGCUGGAGGUGUCGGUGGUGCUGCGCACAGUGGACUACCACGGCGAGCCGCGCAGCACGGGCGGCGACCCGGUUAGCGCGGCCGCGACCCUCGACGACGCACCCCUGCCCUGCGCCGUCGCCGACCUCGACUCGGGCCUCUACAGGAUCACGAUGCGGCCGUGGAGCGCGGGCGCGGUGUGCGUGCGCGUGCUGGUGUUCUCGCGGGCGGUGCGCGACUCGCCGCUGCGCGCGCAGGUGCUGCCCGCCGCGGCGCCCCUCCUCGUGUGGGGCUCGCGCGGCACCGGCAAGGAGCAGCUCAGCCAGCCCGUCGCCGUUGCUAGGUGUCCCAAGCGUCGCGAGAUCUAUGUACUCGACGCGGGUAACUCGAGAGUCAAGGUGCUGGACGACGAAACGUUCGCGUUCAAAACGCAUAUCGUAAAUGAAGGGCUUGCGGGCCGUAGCUGUACCGGGAUUGCUGUUACCGCUGAAGGUGUGGUCGCCGUCAACUGGCGGACGAGGACUCUAACUGAGGUGAGCGUGGACGGGUCGACGGUGCGCACGAUCCGCUCCGAGCGGCUGGUCGAGCCGGUGUGCGUGGCGGCGGACGUCGCCUCGCGGCGGCUCGCGGUGGCCGACAACGGCGCCAGGGCGGUGUUCGUGUUCGACGCGCGCGGCAACAUCGAGCGCGAGAUCGGAAACGGUGAUCUUGGCCUUGUCGGAGGGUUGGCUCUGUCCGAACAUAUGAUCAUUAUAGCUGACGUCGCCGUUCGAAUUUACGACUCCGAAGGGAACUUGCAAAAUACGAUAGCACCUGUACCAAAAGGGCGCGGCGGGUACGGCGGCGUGGCGCUGGAGGGCGGCGAGGGGGGGCUGAUCGUGUGCACGCGCGCCGUGAGGGGCCGGCCGGCGCUGCUGGCGCUCGAGGCGGGGGGCCGCGUGGUGGCAGCCUGCGAGCUGGCGGAGCGGCGGCCGAGGCGCGUGGCAGGCCUCGCGCUGCUGCCACGCCGCCGCGCGCUGCUCGCCGACCUCGCCGGCGACUGCCUGCGCCUGCACGCCUACUGCGAGGCGUUAGCGGUGACAACCCUGCAAGUUUCGCCAUUGGAUGUUUGCUCGGCUAAUAGUGAGGUGAGUACGCAGCGAGGCGUUAGCGGUGACGGCCCUGCAAGUUUCCCCCUUGCCUACGCCUGUUCAGAUAAUGCUGAGGUGAGUGUGGCCCGUCAGACGCUAGCGCGGUCAACGGCGCGGAGACAACCCUGC